AUGCAAAAUUACACAAUUUUCUUGUUAUUUUGCUUUGCUUUUAUCCAACUUUGUGUCGCUCAGUUAUUCUACGAUGGAAAUUUGCCGCAAUGGAAGACUCGAAAACUCAGCGUCAAAGGAGCAGGAAAACCGUUAAUUCUAACGUCGCAUAUUGAGGAGGGAAACGAUCGAAAGGCACGACAAUUAUCUCGAGUCGAUAAAAAAUUAUUCCUGAACGUGACGAGUUAUUCUGGAUAUCUAACAGUCGACAAGGAACACAAUUCGAAUUUGUUUUUCUGGUUCUUUCCUGCUGAAGGCACGGAACAUUUGUACGACGAAGAUGAAUUUGCCGAAUAUGAUUACGAGGAAUGGGAUAAAAAGAAGCAAAAAAAGAAGAAAAGUCGUCAAGAAAGCGAUCCUGAUUGGGAAAAUGAGAACAAACCGUUGGUUCUUUGGUUGCAAGGAGGUCCCGGAGCAUCAUCGCUCUUUGGAUUGUUCGUCGAAAAUGGUCCGUUUUUCGUGAAUGAAGAUUUGGUGUCGAUUCGAAAAAAUCCGUUUUCUUGGCACAAAAAUUACUCGAUGUUAUUCAUCGACAAUCCCGUUGGAGCUGGAUUUUCUUUCACUGAUGAAGAUGGUUACACGCAAAAUGUCACACAAGUUGCUAAACAUUUGCAUAUUGGUUUGACUCAAUUUUUGAAAAUGUUUCCGUGGCUUCAAAAUGUUCCGUUUUUCAUCGCAGGAGAGUCGUAUGCUGGAAAAUACAUACCUGCAAUCGGUUACGAGAUUUACGAACAAAAUAAAAUCGACGACGGAAAAGAGUUUAAAAUAAAUCUUAAAGGACUUGCGAUCGGAAAUGGCUUCAGUGAUCCUUAUAACAUGAUGUAUUACUCCCAAUUUGCUUUUCAAACAGGAUUAAUUGACCAGCAUGCUCGAAACGAAAUGCGAGUUUUCGAAAUUUUAGCUCAAGAGAACAUUAGCAACGCAAAAGGAAAAGUCUUUUGGGAUUUGGCGCUCUAUACUUUCCUCAAACACAGUCGUUACGGCAACGUUUACAACAUUUUGCAUCCAGAAGUGUACAAAUUGGACUCGUAUUUGACGUUUGUGGAUCAGGCUCAUAUACGAAAGGCUCUUCACAUCGGAAAUCAAGAAUUCGCUCCCCCAACUGCCGUUUAUUACAAUUUACUCGAAGAUUUUAUGGAUUCGGCGAUGCCAUGGGUUGAAAAACUCCUCGAUCAAGGACUUCGUAUCAUGUUUUACAGCGGAAAUUUGGAUUUUAUCGUCGCUUAUCCCGUUUCUGAGAACGCCUACUAUCACAUGAACUGGAAAGGGCGUGAAGAAUAUCGUCAGGCUCGUCGUUUAUCCUUUUUAGUCGAUGGAAAAUUAGCUGGUUAUGUCAAACGCGCACGAAAUGUCUUCAUUGAAGCCGUCAUCUUGAACGCCGGGCACAUGGUACCCACAGAUCAACCAAAAGUUUGCUUGGAAUUAAUCGACGACUUUAUUCAUAAACGAAUUUAA